AAUGCAACGAGUACAGCAAUAUAUACAACGACCAGUAAUAUAAGAUUCUUUUCGAUAAUCCUUUAAAUAAACAUCAAAUAAGGAAAACUGUUGUACUCAAAUAUAAAAGCAAAAACCUAUCUAAGCAUACCAUUAAUAUUAAUCUACUUAAAUACUUCAAAAACCUGACAUACGUCCAAGUUCAUCAUAACCUAGAUAAUCAUCUAUUUAAGCAGUUCCAAGACCAUCUUCAGCCUCUAAUGAUAAAAGGGCUUUUUCAAAUUAGAAAUAACCAUGCAGAUCUUCAUUCAAAGAAUUGAAAAAUUCAACAUACAUUUAAGCAUAAUAAGCUACUCCAUAAUCUAGAUACUAUUCAUUAAAAUAGGUUCCAGAUACUAAUUUUAUGAAAUGUUCAUCAGAUCAAUAAUUACCAAAAAAAUAAAUUGAUUAAAAAGAGUAUAAUAAAUUGCAUGAGAAAUUGCUAUUCUUGGAAAAUAAAAUAAAUAAUAUUAAAUCUAACAUAGAAAUCAGUAAUUCUUAAUUAUAAAAACAAUCUGAAAAAUCAAAAUAAAAGCCACUUGGAUUAGCAGCUAAAUUUUUUCAAAAAAAGGAUCCAGAAAUCAAUGUAUCUAAAGGAUCAAUUACUCCUAAAGAGUUAACUAAAUGUUCAACUUCUUUAAAUUUAUAAAUAAAUUAAGCCUUAAAAUAGAGUUAAGUAAUUAAAUAACAAGAUCAUAAAUCAAGUAUUAACUUAGAUUAAUUUGUCACUUAAGUUAAAUAGAUUAAAAAACCUAUUUAAUAAUAAUCUUAAUUGAGUAGACAUUAAUCUUUAGAUAUAAAUUAAUCCCAUAAUUAAAUAACCAAACCAAUAAUUAAUGAUAAAUCCUAUUCAUCUCAAAAACCUAUUAAAGAUGAUAAUGUAUUCUCAUCUUUUAUCAUAGUUUCUAUACUAUAUCUCUAGUGUAGCUAGAUCCAUAUUUAUAUAAUAAACAAAUAAAGUCGAUGAAGUUGUUAGAGAUCAUAUAAUAUAAACUAUAUAAGUAAAUGUCUCUUAUUAAAAUUAGGGUUUAGAAUAUGCUAGUAAUCUAACAUUAGAAUUCUAAUAAGAUAAAAUAGUUAACUUACCUAAAACAACUCAUUUUAAAACAUUAGUGUUUGAUUUAGAUGAAACUUUGAUUCAUUGUAAUGAAAGUGUUGCUGUUCCUGGUGAUAUUAUUUUACCAAUAACAUUUCCAAAUGGAGAAAAAAUCUAAGCUUCUAUUAAUAUUAGACCUUAUGCAUAAUAGAUUCUAUAAACAUUAUCUAGACACUUUGAAAUUAUUGUUUUUACUGCAUCACAUUCUUGUUAUGCUAACAUUGUGUUAGACUAUUUAGAUCCAAAGAAAUAAUGGAUAAGUCAUAGAUUAUUUAGAGAACAUUGUUUAUAAACUGAUGAAGGAGCUUAUGUUAAAGAUUUAAGGUAAAAUUUACAAUUUUAAUUUAUAGAGUUCUUGGCAAUAGAAAGAUGUCAAAUAUUUUAUUAAUUGAUAAUGCAAGUUAUUCAUUUGGAUAAUAAAUUGACAAUGGUGUACCUAUUAUUGCUUUUUAUGAUAAUAAAUAGGAUUAGGUAAUGAAUAUUAAUUAAUCUAUUAGGAAUUACUUUAUCUACAAAAUUACUUAAUGAAAUUCAGAUUAGUAACAGAUGUUAAAGAAUUGAAUUCUUAGUUAUUAAAGAUAAGUUCAUUCAUAAACUAUUAAGAUCCAAAAAUGCUAUUGUAAGAAUUAUUUCCUUAACAAAUACCAAAAUGA